UGAGUUGUCCGUUUCAGAAGAGUCCAUUCUGCUGGGCUGCGACCCCCCCUCCCCGUAGAUUCAGUGCACUUGGUUUGUCCCACCGGGCUUCCUCCAUUUGCAGCCUUGUCUGUUUGACCCGCUUCCCCUCGGUUGACAGGCAGCUGUCACACAGCCAACAUGUUGUCCCGUUCCCGGUGUCUCUCCAGGAAUUUUGGUCGCUCCCUGUCUGCGAUCCGCCAGGGAAAUAAUGUGUUGACUCGCAUCGGCGCAGCAGCUAUAUCAAGUAGCUACCCUUUCACUCUCAGAAACACUGUAAAAUCUGAUCCACGCUCCAGUGUCUUCCAAAUCCAAUACUUCAGGACCUCUUUUGCCUACAGAGAUGAAGUCCUUACCAUUAAGACUCCUGCCUUUGCGGAGUCUGUUACAGAGGGGGACGUGAGGUGGGAAAAAGCUGUGGGGGACACUGUUUCAGAGGAUGAGGUGGUGUGUGAAAUUGAGACUGAUAAGACAUCCGUGCAAGUUCCGUCUCCCUCUUCUGGAGUGAUCGUGGAGUUUUUGGUUCCUGAUGGAGGGAAAGUCGAGGGAGGAACGCCUCUCUUCACACUUCGAAAAGGCCCUGCCGCUCCUCAAGCUGCAGAAGCCCCGAAAGCUGAGGCCCCGACCGCAGCAGUACCUUCACCACCUUCUGCUCCCCCACCUUCACCUCCACCUCCCCCACCCUCAGCUGUUGGCCCCAUUCCCACCACGAUGCCCCCUGUGCCACCUGUGCCAUCACAUGCUAUGGACGCCAAACCAGUGUCAGCCAUCAAGCCUACCACACCGGCAGCUCCUGUGGAUGGAGGAGCGAAAGUAGCCCGCACAGAGAGCAGGGUAAAGAUGAACCGCAUGAGACUGAGAAUUGCCCAAAGGCUGAAGGAAGCCCAAAACACUUGCGCAAUGUUGACUACCUUUAAUGAAAUUGACAUGAGCAACAUCUCUGAGAUGAGGAAGACCUACAAAGACGCCUUCCUGAAGAAGCACAACAUCAAGUUGGGCUUCAUGUCUGCGUUCGUGAAGGCGUCCGCCUACGCUCUGACUGACCAACCUGCUGUCAAUGCUGUCAUUGAUGACACAACCAAAGAGAUUGUGUACAGGGACUACGUAGACAUCAGUGUGGCUGUGGCCACGCCAAAGGGUCUGGUUGUUCCGGUAAUCAGGAAUGUUGAAGGGAUGAAUUUUGCUGACAUUGAGAAGACCAUCAAUAUGUUGGGCGAAAAGGCCCGCAAGAACGAGCUGGCUGUGGAAGACAUGGAUGGAGGAACCUUCACCAUCAGCAACGGCGGCGUGUUCGGCUCCAUGUUUGGCACACCCAUCAUCAACCCGCCUCAGUCUGCUAUUUUAGGCAUGCACGGCAUAUUUGACAGGCCUGUGGCAGUCGCUGGCAAGGUGGAGAUCCGUCCCAUGAUGUACAUCGCUCUGACGUACGAUCAUCGCCUCGUUGACGGAAGAGAGGCCGUCACCUUCCUGCGGAAGAUCAAGUCCGUGGUGGAGGACCCCAGGGUGCUGCUCCUCGACAUGUGAGUUCCUCUUCAGCUCCAGACCCGACCAACUGAACCGCCUUCCACGACCAGUGGCAAUACCUACCUGAUGGACGUUACUCAAAAACACAACUGAUUAACUCUAAAACAGAGAUUUAUUGUAGGGUUUUUUUUCGGGGGGGGGGGGGGGGGGGGGUACACAGUUGGGUUGUGCAAUAUCAGGUUGGCAGUGAUAUAAGGGUUUGGUACUGUCUGAGGAUUUCCUGGGUUCUGGUGUUUAGAUCAAAUAGUAUAUUCAAUCAUGUAUGUUCUCCAUAUGUAAUUUUCUACAUACAACAUGUUCAACUUAAUGCGGUCUGGCAAAUCUAGAGUCAACGUGCAGGGUGACGGAACAAUAUGGAUGCAUUCAGACCAAGGAACACAAUGUUAUGUCCAAAGCUAAGAACUCGAGAGAAUUGAUGCUGUUUCACAACAAUGUGGAACAUUCUCUUUAUGCUCUGGUAGAAUAUUUAAGAAAAAGUGUUUUAAUAAAAAUCUACAUUACUUGA